AUGUCACUUCAAUCUAAAGAAAGUCCGUCCAACGAGAGCGCCGAGGAAACCAAGCGUGAAGACGAAGGUCCGCACACGUUGGAUCUGAAAGACCCAAAACAAAAAGCCCUGUACAAACUCUAUCGCCCGGAGAUAGUCACACCGAAAUUAAGAGGAAUAGAACUGCUCAGGAUGCCGUGGCACAAUAAGGGCAUGGCGUUCACUCUUUACGAACGACAGUUUCUUGGCAUCCAUGGACUCAUUCCGCCAGCCAUGAUGACAGCCGAACAACAAGCUUAUCGUACAAUGGUGACACUUCGUGGACUACCCGAUGAUCUUGCGAGGUAUAUAGAACUGGAUAACCUCCAAGACCGCAAUGAGAAAUUAUUUUACCGCGUUAUCUGCGAGAAUGUGAAAGAGCUAAUGCGUAUCGUCUACACACCUACAGUUGGACUUGCAUGUCAAAAAUUCGGUUUCAUCUUUCGCAAUCCGAAGGGACUCUACAUAACGAUCAACGACAACACUAUAAGUAGAAUCUACGAGAUUCUCGCAAACUGGCCGACAACAAAUGUCAAGGCGAUUGUUGUGACAGAUGGUGAACGAAUUCUGGGGCUGGGUGAUCUCGGCACUUACGGUAUGGGUAUCCCGAUCGGUAAACUUGCACUCUACGUAGCUCUGGGUGGUGUUCAUCCCGAGUGGUGCCUGCCAAUUCUGAUUGAUGUCGGCACCAAUAAUGAGAAACUGCUCAAAGAUCCAUUCUACACAGGCUUGCGAAGAAAACGUGUACGUGGACCUGCCUACGACCUUCUCAUGGAUUACUUUAUGAUAGCCUGCACUAAACGAUUUGGCCGUAAUGUCCUCAUUCAAUACGAAGACUUUGGAAAUUUGAACGCAUAUCGUCUGCUGGACAAAUACAAGCAACAGUACAACAUGAACGGCUGCUGUGGUCGUUGCUGGUCUUUUGACAACUACUCGACAUCAACACCAAAAUGGAAGUUAUGCGAGUUAGCAGAAUUGUACUUCUUCGGGUGCUGGAUUGGGGCUGCUACGGGUGUGGCAGAAAUGUGCGUAAGAGAAAUGGUGGAGGAAGGUCUUACCGUGGAGGAGGCAUGUGCACAAAUCUACAUGAUCGAUAUCGACGGUCUUAUCACGAAAAGCCGAAUGCCAACGUUAACACCGCGACAUUUCCCAUUCGCAAAAGAAAUGGAAGACACUAAAGACCUUUUAGAAGUAGUCAAACAGGUGAAACCGCACGCCAUCAUCGGGGCGUCGACAAAGGGAGGCGCAUUCACCGAAGCAGUUAUCAAGACGAUGGCAGCAAAUAACGAACGACCGAUAAUAUUCGCUCUCUCAAACCCGACAAGCAAUGCGGAAUGUACAGCUGAAGCAGCUAUUCGCCUGACAGAUGGAAAAGUGCUGUUUGCUUCGGGUUCGCCAUUCGAAAAUGUGGUCUACAAAGGGAAAACGUAUAAACCAGGCCAAGGCAACAAUGCCUAUAUUUUCCCCGGAGUUGGGCUCGGAGCUGUACUGUUCAGUUCAAAGCACAUUGCCGACAAGAUUUUCCUUUUAGCGGCCCGGGCUGCUACGGGUGUGGCAGAAAUGUGCGUAAGAGAAAUGGUGGAGGAAGGUCUUACCGUGGAGGAGGCAUGUGCACAAAUCUACAUGAUCGAUAUCGACGGUCUUAUCACGAAAAGCCGAAUGCCAACGUUAACACCGCGACAUUUCCCAUUCGCAAAAGAAAUGGAAGACACUAAAGACCUUUUAGAAGUAGUCAAACAGGUGAAACCGCACGCCAUCAUCGGGGCGUCGACAAAGGGAGGCGCAUUCACCGAAGCAGUUAUCAAGACGAUGGCAGCAAAUAACGAACGACCGAUAAUAUUCGCUCUCUCAAACCCGACAAGCAAUGCGGAAUGUACAGCUGAAGCAGCUAUUCGCCUGACAGAUUGCUGUUUGCUUCGGGUUCGCCAUUCGAAAAUGUGGUCUACAAAGGGAAAACGUAAACCAGGCCAAGGCAACAAUGCCUAUAUUUUCCCCGGAGUUGGUCUCGGAGCUGUACUAUUCAGUUCAAAACACAUUACAGACAAGAUUUUCCUUUUAGCAGCCCGAGAAAAAUACUCGAGACUUUAUCCUCGUCUUAAGGACAUCCGCGAGUUGUCAAUAAAAAUCGCCGUCGCGGUUGCAAAAUAUCUUUACCAUCACAACCUCGCUACAUUGUAUCCCGAACCGCACGAUAUCGAAUUAUACAUUCGCCAACACAUCUACACAAGUGACUAUCAAGAAUCCGUCAAUAGAAUUUACGAUUGGCCUGCUGCCGAUGCUAAACACGGCUAUCCGAUUCCGAAAUUAGAGAGGAAAUCAAUGGAAGAUGAGUAG